AUUACAGUUCAUGAUUCUGUUUUAACAAAACAUCAUGAACAUAAUAAUAUCUUCUCUUUUCUGUUUCUUUUCGUUGUGCGUAAACUGUACUGCAGCUUCGCAAAAAUGGAAUACAUUGGAUGUCGAUGCUAUUCAGAAACUGACCUCGAGGUUAGAUUUUCUGGAACAAAGGUUGACUAGAGAACAUCCUCAUUUUCAUGGUUUUGAAGCAUCAUUAUCCAAUGCAAAGAGUAAUAAAGUUAAAGAGGGAUGGAUUCGCGAUAUGGAAAAUCGAAUUAAGGCUUUGGAAAAUACAAUCAUACAGAAAAAUUGUGAUAAAAAGAUUCAAACUUUGGACAAAACUGUUAAGGAACUCUCAAAACAAAUAAAACAACAAGCCCUAUAUAACGAACGUACAGAGAGACUGGAAGCUAUUGUUCGUGACCAAGAAAAAACUAUUUUCAAAUUAAGAGAGGAAGUAAUGCAAAUUAAGAAACCAGGGCCUGCCAUUGGAGACCUUCUUGUUCAUACAGAAGAUGAAAACGAUAAAGAUGGAAGCAAUGAAAGCAAUCAUCAAAACCGAUUAGGAAUAACGCAGCGUAUUAGAACCAGUAGUUCUUCUUCUGAUCCACGAGCAAUUGUUACAAAUAGAAAAAGACUACUUUUACCCUCUACCAUGCAGCCAGUGGCCACGUCAAGUACUAUAGCCUUCUAUGCUUAUAUUGGAGCAUCUAUUCAAUCUGUCCCAAUUCAGCAUUCUUUGAUUUUUGAUGUCGUUAAAACUAACGUUGGAAACGGCUAUCAUUCCCCAACAGGAGUGUUCAUUGCUCCGGAGACCGGGAUUUAUGUGUUUACCUGGACUAUGAGAGAAUAUAGCAAUUGUCGCCACUCAACUCAGUUGAUGGUAAAUACCUCGGAAAUCGGAAUAAUUCACGUGCACGUUGGUUCCGGUAGUGACUUGGAAGGAACAGGAGUCGUGGUCACACAUGUCAAUGCAGGAGAUGACGUUUACGUUAGAACGCACGCAUCAUGGAAUGACUGUGAUAUUUUUAGCGAUAUGGCAGGAAGGUCUUCUUUCGCUGGCUGGAAAUUGUCUUGAGAACAUUACACAAAUAAA